AUGAGCAUUGAGGAACAGGCGAAUGAGAAGCGCAGAGUGGGCACAACGAGCGCCAGAAGUCCUCAGGGUGCCGUGGGAAUGACCAUAUCAUUACUGAGAAAGUUCAUUCUUUCAGUGAAGAAGAUGGCAGUCGAAGGAGAGCGAGGACAGUCGGGCCGACCGGCAGGGAAAGCAUGCCUCGCACGAGCGGUUUCUACGCAAUGUCGCCCGUCACUUCUCAUACCGCUCGGAGGACACCGAUCCCAUUCGACCGGGGCGCAAACUUCGCCUACGAUCGGGAUAAAGUCACGCAAGGUCAGAGACGCCGUCGGCGGUCGCGUAGGCCUCGGCGUGGUGAGCAAUCAAGUUCGUCGAUGGCCUCCGGCAUCAAAUGCCAGCGGUGCUGAAGUGGCCAAGAAUGACUGGCUGAGGGAAGUGACGAAGGAGCAGGACGACGGCCUCAUCACAACCAUGUGCAGAAGUGAGUUUUUUCUUGUUGACGAAGGAGCA